CCAUAGUCCUCCAGGAUGAAUAGGAGCCCUAGCUGGUCUGAUCAACUGCAUGCAGUUCUCAAUUCAACUGAUGAAAAUAUGGCCCGGAUUAAGCAGAAUUUGUAUCCUCUUCGAGUUUCCUCUACAGGGGACCUGGCUGACACCUGGAUUUCCCCUCAUCAUUUGCCUCCACAGCCAGGGGCCCAAGCUCAUCAGCCUUGGCCUCUAAAGACUCCGGUUCUUGGAGAGAGACUGAGCUGCACUGAAUCUCACAGCUCAUCUUCUCUCUGGAAUGAAAUUACUAAGCUCCGAUCCCAGCUUCAGUCUCAGGCUCAGGUGAGGAAUUAGGUGUUUGGUGCUGUGCAGAGCCUGUUGAAGGAUCGGGAGCAGCAGAUGAAGAAGAUCACUGCUCUGGAAGCAUCACUAAAAUUGCUUCAGGAGGGCCCAAAAGGGAGAGCCCUUCUGGAGCAACGCCUGGAAGGGUUGAGAAAGGAACUGCAGGGCCUUCGGAACCAGGUUCAAGAGCUAGUCCAAACCCAAACGAGAACAAGACCAGGGAAGUUCAGUAGUACCAAUGGCUUUCACCAAGAGCUGCGGACUGAGCACCAGCUUUUGUGGGAAGAGUCAGAGAUUCUUCGGGAGGAACUGAAGUUGCUUCGAGACCAGCUGAGCCAACAUCAGGAGUUGCUGCUGGAACAGAUAGCUGAAGGGCGCCAGGUUCAAGCCCGCAGCUGGAAGACGUUGGAACACCUACAGAGUGACCAGAAGGGCAAGUUUCAGACCUUGGAGGUUACCAGGACAGAGGCCCCUGAUGCCCAGAAGGAGGAGCCCUACUUCCUCAGCUCUGAAGUCAGUCUUCCAGACUGUGACCGUAGCUGGGAACUUUUAAAGAAACUAGACAGGGAACUCCAGAACUCCUUUUCUAACCUGGAACCCAGCAGCUCUCAGUCCCAUGCUCAGAGUCUUGGGCAAGAGGAUCUGUUCUUUCAAGGCCCCAAGAUCUUCCAGAGUGAGCUGUAAGGACUUGUGAGAAGAAUGAGAUGAAUCCAUCAAGGCAGUCUUCUCAUCCCCUCCGGUAUGUGCCCUCUUUACUGGGGCGCCUCACUGUCCAACCAUUACUGCUCCCCAGCUAAUUUCAAAUAAAGUGGGUCACUCUC